GCGAAUGAGCCUUGAGAUUAUAUAAAAGAGCAGGACGCGAGUUUCGCCGUUAGUUGGUCGCAGAGAUGAGAACGGCGAACGUUUUGGUGUUGCUCGCAGUGGUGCUCACCUGCGCCUCCGCCACGGUCAUUAGUCGAGGCGGCCGUAAAAUUUUCGGAGGUCGCGCGGUGACUGUGGAGGCGGUGACCUCGCCGGCGGUGCACGCCGAGGGUCCUCACUGGCAGGCGCCCUUCCUCUUCUACGUCGACAUCAGCAGCAACUCUCUUCAGCGGCUGGACACGACCUCGGGCAACGUCACCAAGUGGACAAUUCCUCCUGGAGACGCGGCGGUCACGCUGGCGGUGCCCUUGGAAGGCGCCCCGGGCAGAAUUUUGGUCACCAGAGGACUCGAGCUGGUCGAGUUUGACACCGAGAGUGGACAGGUGGUGGCCAGCUUUGGAUUCGCUGACCAAGGCAAACCCGGAAAUCGUUUCAACGACGGAAAAGCUGACCCUGCAGGACGACUAUGGGCAGGAACAAUGGGUCCUGAAGACCCUGGCGUAGGAGUCACACCUGGCCAGGGCGCCCUGUACCUUUUGGAACAAGAUGGUCCUUCAGCCAAAGUUUCACCGGUGGACAUCAGCAAUGGAUUGGCUUGGAAUUCCGCAAAAUCCACCAUGUACUACGUGGACACUGGCACCGGACGCGUGGACGCUUUCGACUUCAACGUAACGACCGCUGCUAUUGAAAAUCGGAGGACGGUGAUCGAUUUUGGGGCCCAAAACGUGUCCUGCACUCCGGACGGAAUGGCCAUCGACGCCGAAGACUUGCUCUGGGUCGCCUGUUGGAGUGGGUGGAAGGUGCUCAGGGUGGACCCUUCCCAGGGUCAGGUGGUCAGCGAGGUGUCUCUGCCCGUGCAGUAUACAACCUCUGUUGCGUGGGGCGGGGACAACCUGGACGACCUCUACGUGUCCACUUCAAAAAGAGAUCUGACCCCUGAGCAGCAGCAGCAGCAACCUGACGCAGGAAGCGUUUUCAGGGUUUCGGGGCUCGGAGUGACUGGUUUGCCUGGACAAUCAGUUUCGCGGUCCAAUUUGGUUGCUAAGAGAAAUAUUUAAUAAUCAAAUUGAUCACUCUACACGUUUUAGUAAUGCAGUUUUUUUUUUUUACAAAA